AACACAGACGAAGUAAAUCGAACCAAUCAGCUUUAACGUUACAUGAAGGUGAUGUUGGGCUUCGCGGAAGUUGACGUUUCCGACGGCAGAUGAAACGGAAAAUUCUUUACCAUUUCCCUCAUUUAGAGUGAAAAUAAAGAUAAUUAUAUCAAACCGGUGUUCAAAUAGCAGUCCCAUGCUAGAAUGUCAGACAUGUGGAGUGAGGACGCCGGAUUUCUUGUUUGAUGGCUGCUUUGGCAGUAUUGCGUCACGCCGGCAGCAGUCCUCUGCUGUGGGGCUGGACUCCGGCCCUGUUUGCUCUUCUGGGCUCUGUGUUUGUCCUGCUGCUGCCUUUAGCAGGCAUAGAGGAGCAAUGCUGUGCCACGCUAAAGGGUAUCGCCCUGCUGCGUUGCCAGCUUUGGGGAGGUGUCCAGCGGCCCGCGGUGCACACGACCAGCCUGACGGUCCCAUUUACAGAGCUUGAUCUACUGCCACAAAAAGUCAAGCCCACUAAAGAGAAUCAGUUGGAGGCGAAGGCGGCUCUUCAGCAGGCCCUGGAGAUGAAGAAGCAGGGCAAGAGGGAGAAAGCACACAAGCUGCUUGUUCACGCGCUCAACAUGAACUCCGAAUUCGUGGAGGCGCUCACCGAACUGGGAACAAUUCUGGAGGAAGAAAAGGACGUCGUCCAAGCAGAUCACCUCUACACCAAAGCUCUCGCCAUCUCGCCGUGCAAUGAGAAAGCUCUGGUGAGCAGGGACCGUACGCUCCCCUUGGUGGAGGAAAUAGAUCAACGCUACUUCGGGAUUAUAGAUGGAAAGGUACAACGUCUCAUGUCUAUACCCAAAGGCAACUCUGCUUUACGUCGGGUCAUGGAGGAAACCUACUACCAUCACAUUUAUCAUACAGUAGCCAUCGAAGGCAACACACUUACACUGUCAGAGAUUCGCCAUAUUAUAGAGACAAGAUACGCUGUGCCAGGUAAGAGCCUUCAGGAACAAAAUGAGGCGAUCGGCGUGGACGCAGCGAUGAAGUACAUCAACACCACCCUGCUGUCCCGUACCGAGGACAUCACUGUAGAUGACAUCUUAGAGAUACAUCGGCGCGUCCUGGGCUACGUCGACCCCGUCGAAGCCGGGCGGUUUCGGACUAACCAGGUGUUUGUGGGCCAUCACAUUCCACCUCCUCCACGGGAUUUGCACAGACACAUGCAGGAGCUGGUGCAGUGGUUGAACUCAGAAGACACGCUGCAUCUUCACCCCGUGGAGUUCGCGGCUCUUGCGCACUAUAAACUGGUUUACGUGCAUCCGUUCGUAGACGGGAACGGGCGGACAUCUCGACUGCUGAUGAAUUUAAUCCUGAUGCAAGCCAGUUACCCUCCAAUCACAAUUCGUAAAGAGCAGAGGGCAGAGUAUUACGCUGCCUUGGAUACAGCCAACGAGGGGGACGUUAGGCCCUUUAUUAGAUUUAUUGCAAAAUGCACAGAAAUUACGCUCGAUACUCUACUGAUAGCCACAACGGAGCAUGCUGUUGGGCUGCCUGGUGCUGGUAAUCAUGCUUGCCAUAACUGCAAACAAACUAUACCUGCACACAGCUGAGAAAAACGCACACUGCAAAAAAUGAUUUUCAAGAAAAAAUUCUUAGUAUUUUUGUCUUGUUUUCUGUAAAAAUAUCUACAAAUUCUUAAAUUAAGAUGAUUUAUCUUGAUGAGAAAAUGACCCAAGAAAAUAAGUCUAAUUUUUAGACCAAAAUUUCAAAUUUAAGUGAUUUUGUGCAUAAAACAAGCAAAAAUAUCUGUCAAUUGGGGUUAGCAAAUUUUUCUUGAAUUUAGUGUUUAAGAAAAAUUUUCAAGAUUUUUUAGCUUACUCCAUUGGCAGAUUUUUUUGCUUGUUUUAUGCACAAAAUUAAUUGAAAUUGAUUAUUUUUGUAUAAUUUUAAUAUAAAAAUUAGACUUAAUUUCUUGGGUUGUUUUUGCUCAUCAAGAAAAAGCAUCUGAAUUUAAGAAUUUUUAGAUAUUUUUUACUGAAAACAAGACAAAAAUACUAAGAUUUUUUUCUUGAAAAUCAUUUUAUGUAGUGCAUGUGUAAUUUAGGUGCCAUAUGGACCAAUUUGGCUUGAUCAUGAUGUAUUGUUAUGAUGAUGAGUUGCCACAAAUUAAUUAUACAUUGUGUUUUUGCCUUCAAUUUAUUGCCAGUUUUAAAUAGCCCAUUAAUGGUUUAAUACAUCUGACUGUUUGAUGGAAAGUGACAGGUCACAGUGUGUAAUACAGAUUGUAAGAUCUUGUCUCAGGUAUGUCUUUAUAAAGUAACUAAUGCUUUUGAUUGGGUAAUAUAACAAAUACGAACUUUGCUGUCCGUCAUUAGGUAUGACAUCACCUUCGAAAUAGAAUGCAACAGUGUUUGUUUUUGUGCAUGUCAACACUUUAAAUUUUUUGGAGUGGCAAUAAAAUAAUUUUACUGGUAGUGGAAGUCAUGCAGACAUCUCUAAAAUUCUUAAUUCAUGAUUGAGCUAAUUUGAGCAGUUUGCAUAAGAAUAGAUUUGCAACAUGCUAAAAUAUUAUUUUCCUCUUUGCAUGAAUCCUAAGUUACCGGAAAGAUAAAAUGAGUUUAAAAUGGGUAUUAGCAAAAUUGUUUUGUAUAAAUAGUUUUCAAGUUUAUCUGAAACAUUAAUGUACUUUAGGAAUCAUACAUCAAGUCUGCUGUUCUUUAAAAUGGUAGUGUAGAAAACUGUAUUUAAAGUUUUAAGUAUUUGACAGCAAGUUACAUUUUUACUGACAUCGUUGUUUUAUUUUGGUUUAAAUAUUGCAUUUGCCAUCGUUUUAAAAAACAUCAUGAAGCACUUUUAUUUAAGCAUAGCUAUAAUUUAUUUGACUAAAAAUGCUAUUUUAUUAUUGUAUGUAUGUGUAUAGUAUGAAAUAAAUUAUUGAGCAAC